GACAUAUUCUCAUUUAUCAAAACAUGCUACCCUGGGCAAAACCUCGGGAUGUAGAUCUGUAUAAGCUUACAAAGCCCCAGACCGACGUUAUGUGCUAACGAAUGCCGAGCAUACUCUUCACCCAAUUUCCAAGCAGACGACGCUUAGCAAGCAAGAUGAGCUGUGCGACUGAUGAUGGCACCCUUUGCGCAGCGUAUAAAUGCUGCACGAAAGAAUGACAUUGCAUAUCCAGAACAGCUUAACAUCCAUCCAACAUGUUUCAUCUCAGCACCGUCAUCAGUUUUCUCGCCAUCUCGAUCUUACGAGCUCCUCUUGUAGCAGCAGCAGCUCUACCGGCCAGCUCCCAGGCUUCCGUUCGACCAGUAUACCAAUUUGACAAUGGCACAUGGUUAGAGAACAUCGCCGUCCGUUCAAAUGGAAACCUCCUCGUCACACUGAUCGACCGCCCCUCCCUCUACGAAAUCAACCCUUUCCGUAACAACACUCCAACCCUCAUCACGAACCUCGAAGAUGAAACAAACACGACCAGUCUGCUAGGAAUCACAGAGAUGAGCCCCGACGUCUUCGUGUUCAUCGCAGGCAACUUCUCCGUCGCACGAGCAGGAUCAGAUGCAGCGAGCUACUCGGUAUGGCAAAUUGACUUUAACCGUGGUGAUUUGGCCAAAUGCGAAAAGGUCUCCGAGAUCGAGGCGCUCCCCGAAGCCAGUUUCUUGAACGGAAUGACGACGUUGGAUCGCGAGCAAGGUACUGUCCUGAUCUCAGACUCUGUUCUGGGACUCGUUUGGCGAUUGAAUGUCUGGACGGGCAAGUACGAUGUUGUACUAGAAGAUGAGACGAUGAAGCCGGCGGAGGGUACGCUCCUCGUGUUGGGCAUCAACGGGAUCAAGAUUUUCAAUGGGUAUCUUUACUACAUUAACGCGUUGAAGGGAUUCUUCUGCCGUGUUGAAAUCAACACAUCGACUGGUGAGGCGGUCGGACCAUAUGAAACCCUCCAAACCGAUUUGCCUGGGGAUGAUUUCGUCAUGUCUGCGGACGGUGUCGCUUUCAUCGCGGAGAAUGGCGGAAACUCAUUGGAACGAGUGGAUGUAGAUGGGACUCGAAGCUUGAUUGCUGGAGGACUGAACACAACAGUGGUUGCUGGUGCGACUGCGGCUGCUUUUGGAAGAACUUGGAAGGAUCAAGGCGUUGUUUAUGUUGUAACAUCGGGAGGUCAAGCUGCCCCUGUUAAUGGUACUUACACCGAGGGUGGAAAGGUUGUCGCUGUCACUGUGUAAAUAGUCGCUACUUCAGCACCUACAGACUCCUUCUACGGAGGCUAGAAUAUUGAUCUCUUACAAUUAAUUUUGAAAGCUCAUUCUUGGUAUGAGUGAACGAUUCAUGCACCAAAGCUUGACUGCUCAUAACGAUGGAUUAUCACAACCAUGGGUGUAUUGUG